AUGGCGGAGGUGGGCGUAGACCAGGAGGUUAGAAAUAUGGCGAGGAGUGCUGAGAGGGUCGAGAUGAUUGUUGGCAACUUCAUUGUGUCUCCCAAGACCUAUCGGAGUAUCAUUAUUUGCGCAGAGGAAGGCACCGCCGGCACAUGCACUUUAGUUGACUGCCCUGAACGGGAUGAUGUCGAAGUUUGGUUUCCCAUAAAGUUUUGCAGGUACCUAUUAUUCUCUCGUCGUUCGUCCAUUGUCUUUGUUCCGUCGCAACUCAAAGCUCCACUGAUGAGCCAAGCUUGA